GCUACGGUGGCCGGAAAGGGAGAGAACAUUGGUUGCGGAAGCUGCGUCASCCGGGACGCUGUGGUGCGAGGAGCCUGGGCCGCCGACGGCUCUUCUUCCAGUUGUGGAGAGCUGAGACCGAGAAGCUUUGUGAGGGAAGAAGGGAGUGGCUGGUAGAGCAGCAGGAAGGAAAGAAAGUGGAUAGAGAAGGUUUUGGUGGAGAAGAGGAAGGGCAGAAGGGAGGAGGAAGAGGCCCAAACUCAGCCCAAAGGCCACAGGAGAGUGACUGGGGGGUGUGGCCCUCCAAGUAGGCCAUAAAGCAGCAGUGUUUAGGCCUAAGGCAAAGCUUCCUCACCAAGUAGGCCAUAAAACAGCAGCGUUUAGGCCCAAGGCGAGGCCUCCUCUCCAAAGAAGGGCUAGAGUAGCAGGCCUCAGGACGAGGCCUUGCUGUGGUAAGUCCAUGGCAACAGCAGCCUCCUCCACCUCUGCCUCCAGUGCCCAUGGGGGCCCCCUCAACCCAGUGACCAACCUCCACGAAGAGGCGGUCUGCGCCAUCUGCCUGGACUACUUCAUCGACCCCGUGUCCAUCGGCUGUGGGCACAACUUCUGCCGCGUCUGCAUCACGCAGCUGUGGGGCUCGGGAGAAGGCCAAGGUGAGGAGGAAGAAGGAGAUGAUGGGGAGGCCUCUGGCUCCGAUGGUGGCUACGGGCCUGGUUCGGAAGGGGGCAUCGACGAUGGUGAUUUGGGGCCCGAGGAAGAUGCGGACGACGAGGAAGAUGACCUAGAAGAUGAGUACCUGGACGAUGGGGACAUGGAGGAGGAGAGAGAGGACCUCUCCAGGGAUGAGUAUGAUGGGGACGAUGCUGAAGACGUCUGGGAUGAUGAAGAAGACCGAGACUAUUGGGACCAAGACCCCGGGUCUGAUGAGAUGUGGGACGAUGCGAUGGGAGGUGACAUAUUCUUCAACAGUUACGAUGAGGAGGACGACAUCAUGGAUGAAGAUGAGGAACCAGAAGAAGACACUGAAUAUACAGUGCCGGCCACCCCACCAAUGCCUCCCUUGCGCCAGGCUUUCACCUGCCCUCAGUGCCGCAAAACCUUUCCCCGCCGUAGCUUCCGACCCAAUCUGCAACUAGCUAAUAUGGUGGAGAUCAUUCGCCGGAUGCAUCCGCAGCCAUAUAAACCUGCGACUCCAUCAACCGAAGAGGUGGAAUUGGCUGCAGCAGGAGAUUCUUCUGGAGCACCUUCCGCUUUGGCUGCAGGCAAAGCCCAGAGUGUUGAGCGAAGCAUCUGUGAAAAACACCAGGAGCCUCUAAAGCUUUUCUGUGAGACAGAUGAAGAGCCCAUCUGUGUGGUGUGCAGGGAGUCGCGGGCCCACAAACACCACAGUGUCAUGCCACUGGAAGAAGUUGUGCAAGAAUAUAAGGCUGAACUCCAGGGUCAUUUGGAUCCCCUGAAGAAGAAACUGGAGUCUGUUUUGAAGCAAAAAGCAAAGGAAGAGGCGAAGAUAGCAGAUCUCAAGAACAAAAUGAAGCUCGAUAUGAAAGAGUUUGAGUCCGACUUUGAGCGGCUUCACCAGUUUCUUGUUGGCGAGCAGGCCCUGCUCCUACAUCAGCUGGAGGAUCGCUAUGACAUCCUGCUGGCCAGGCAGAGCAGCAACGUCACCCAUCUGGAGGAGCAGGAGGCCGCUCUCAGUCGCCUUAUUGCAGAAGCGGAAGACAAGAGCAAGCAGGAUGGGCUGCAGCUGCUCAAGGACUUCAAAGGCACUUUAGUCAGAUGUGAGAAUAUUAAAUUCCACGAUCCAGAAAUGGUGGCAGUGGACGCAGGAAAGAAAUAUCAGAACUACUUCCUUAUAGAUGUCCUCAUGAAGAAGAUGGAAAAGGUCUUCAGCAAAGCUCCUCGCGUUGAUUUGACCCUGGAUCCAGAUACCGCCCACCCGCGGCUCACCCUUUCCUCCGACUCCCGGGGCGUCCGGCUGGGAGAGCGCUGGAGGGACGUCCCCGACAGCCCCAAACGCUUUGAUUCUGACUACUGCGUGCUGGCCUUGCAGGGUUUCACCUGCGGUCGACACUACUGGGAGGUGGAGGUGGGGGGCCGGAGAGGGUGGGCCGUGGGGGCGGCCCGAGAGUCGGCCCGGCGUAAAGAGAAGGCUAGCACUGCAUCUCCCUACCAGAAGCGGGAGAUCUGGUGCGUGGGGACCAAUGGCAAGAAGUACCAGGCCCUGAGCACCACCGAGCAGAUGCCCCUUUCUCCGUGCGAGAGGCUCCGCCGCUUUUGCGUCUACUUGGACUAUGAGCGGGGCCAGCUGGGGGAGAUCUGGUGUGUGGGGACCAAUGGCAAGAAGUACCAGGCCCUGAGCACCACCGAGCAGAUGCCCCUUUCUCCGUGCGAGAGGCUCCGCCGCUUUUGCGUCUACUUGGACUAUGAGCGGGGCCAGCUGGGUUUCUACAAUGCCGAAAACAUGGCCCAUAUCCACACCUUCAAUGCCUCGUUCCGCGAGCGCAUCUUCCCCUUCUUCCGCAUUCUCUCUAAGGGGACCCGCAUCAAAAUCUGCAACUGAGACCAUCACUGCUGAUACUGUUGCACGUGGCUGGAGCCCCACCUUCUCUUAUCUUGUCAUCCCACCUGGGAAGAGAUCAUAUUUUACUCUCUUCACUCUUGGACUUUCUUUGGUGUCUGCCAUGGAUUCACAACAGAAGCUCCCCUUUUUUCUUUGGCUCUAAUGCUACACAGAUGUUCUUCUCUGGCGUUUGACCAGAUCAUGGUCUUCAAUGUCUUCCCUUGCACAUCCACUUUAGUAAGCUCUCUCUGUCCUCUUUGGAGUUCUGUAUGUGGAUUGCCUCACUCUUUCCACAUCUCCUGAAGGAUCUCUUGACUUCAUGAGCUCUCUCUUAACUUCUCAGAAGGAAUAUAAGUUAAAGCCUCUUUGCCUUGUGAGUGUGAAGCUGUGUGCUUGGUGGCAUCGGUUGUAGCAACAGGGAGUCCAAAGGUAGUGCAUUGACAUUCCAGAGCCACCUGAAUCUUCUCAGGUCAAGGCCCAAGGAAUGCUAUGAUUGCCUGGUUGUCCAAGUUUGGUUUCCAUCCCUGAUGUAGAGCAAUGCUCUAGCUGGUUUCCAGAUCAAAUGCAGUUUAUUUCUCAAAUGUCUUCUGCUCUCCUUUUUUUUUGCUGCUCUUGUUCUUUACUAAUGCCUCCAAUUCCAAGGGAGAACCAUCUGUUUCAUAUCACUUCUCCGUAUGUGGUUUGUCUCAGCUGCUUGUCUCCCCGUUCCAUUAUGUUAUCUUUGUCCCAGAAGGACAUAUUUAUUAUCACUACUACUGUUGCUGCUAGUAGUGUGAUCUAGAGGCACGUUUUUGGUGAAUUGCAGGUUCAAAUGUUGCUGUUGAGGACUCUGUUGUUGAAGGGACAUAGCUCUAGGAAGGUGUAACUUUCACCAGAAGUUUUAGUGGUGGGGAUUUAUUAUGGCUGCCUUGACGUCUAUUAGCCCUUUGCUCCUGCCAUCCCUCACCCAGUUUAGAUAAUUUAUUUUAAAUUGCUUCCCCAUCACUCCACAGACUUGCAGUGCAGAAUUCAUGUCUUCCAUCCUGAAAACGACUGGAGCUUUGGUUAUGCUCUGCUGUAUGCAUUUUUCUUUUCCUUUUGUCAUUACAGAGCUCCUUUUGAACUAUUUUUCGCUAAAAAAAAAUGAGACCUAAAAAUGGAAAUCUAGUUUUUUGGAAAAAGUUGAGGAAUAAUAAAUAAAUAAAUGAUUCAACAGUAA